CCUUCUGCCCCCCCAGCCGGUCGCUCCAGCUCCUCAGGCUCAGGCCCCGCGGGCUGUUCCCCUCAACCAGCUCUACCCAACCGAUCUUCUUACCCAGCCAUUCAAUGUUGCGGAGCUCGAUUACCCGCCACCCCCCAUUGUUCUGCCGCCGGGUGUAUGUCUCCGGGAUGUUUUCAAGUGCGAAGUAGUGGAUUGCUGACCUGUCGGCAGACUAGCGUUUACCCUUCUCCCUAUGCCAACUGCCCUCCGAAAUACGUUCGUUCAACCCUGAAUGCCGUCCCGACUACACACUCGCUCCUGAAGAAGUCGAAGUUGCCGUUCGCUCUUGUUAUCCAGCCGUACGCUGCUCUCCAUGACUCGGAAGACCCAGUCCCCGUUGUCCCAGACCAAGUCAUCUCGCGUUGCCGCCGCUGCCGAUCCUACAUCAAUCCAUUCGUGACAUUCCUUGACCAUGGGCAUCGCUGGCGCUGCAACAUGUGCAAUUUGACGAAUGACGUACCUCAGGCCUUUGAUUGGGACACCGCCCUGCAGAAGCCAGCGGACAGGUCGUUGAGACCCGAUCUCAACCACGCGGUAGUCGAAUUCGUUGCGCCCCAAGAAUACAUGGUCCGACCCCCGCAGCCGCUUGUCUAUCUUUUCUUGAUUGACGUGAGUUACGCAUCUGUCACAAACGGGCUCCUGGCCACGACUGCUCGGUGCAUCAAGGAGAGCCUUGACCGGAUUCCUAAUGCGGACCGUCGGACACGACUGGGAUUCAUCGCGGUCGACUCGAGCCUCCAUUACUUCAGCAUCCCUCGGGAUGGCUCGGAGAACUCGGAGCCUAGGAUGUUGGUUAUCAGCGAUUUGGACGAGCCUUUCCUUCCCAUCCCCGGCGAUCUUCUGGUGACCUUGAGCGAAUGCCGUGAGAACAUCGAGGUCUUCCUCGAUAAGCUGCAAGAAAUGUUCCAGAACACCCAGAGCAACUCUUGCGCCAUGGGAUCUGCUCUGCGUGCUGGAUACAAGCUCAUCUCUCCCGUUGGCGGCAAGAUGACCGUGCUCAGCUCCUCUCUGCCUAACAUCGGCCAUGGCUCGUUGACCAUGAGAGAAGACAAGAAGGUCCUUGGCACCAGCAAAGAGAGCAGUCUGCUGCAGACCGCCAAUAGCUUCUACAAGAGUUUCGCCGUCGAGUGUUCAAAAGCGCAGGUCUCCGUUGACAUGUUCUUGUUCUCCUCGCAAUACCAAGACGUUGCGUCUCUCAGUAACCUGCCCAGGUACACCGGUGGUCAAACUUACUUCUAUCCUGGAUGGAAUGCCGCGCGCCCGGAGGAUGCGAUCAAGUUUGCUCGUGAGUUCUCUGAUUAUCUCUCUUCGGAGAUUGGCCUGGAGGCUGUGCUCCGUGUCCGUGCCACCACGGGUCUGCGUAUGAACACCUUCUACGGCAACUUCUUCAACCGCAGCUCCGAUCUGUGCGCCUUCCCCGCCUUCCCGCGCGACCAGGCGUACGUUGUUGAAGUCGCGAUUGACGAGACCGUCACGAAGCCCGUCGUCUGCCUGCAGACUGCGGUUCUGCACACUACAUGCAACGGCGAGAGGAGAAUCCGCGUCUUGACUCUGGCGCUCCCCACGACUCAGAACCUGGCCGAUGUCUACGCUUCGGCAGAUCAACAAGCAGUUGCUACAUACUUCAGUCACAAGGCCGUUGAGCGGGCUCUUGGAAGUGGUCUGGAACCUGCCCGCGAGGCUCUACAGGCCAAGGCCGUGGAGUUGCUGUCGACCUACCGGAAGGAACUGGCCGGAGGCAGUGUCAGCGGCGGUGGUCUUCAGUUUCCCGCCAACCUGAGAGGACUGCCUGUCCUUUUCCUUGCCAUGAUCAAAAACCUUGGUCUUCGGAAAUCCGCGCAAAUACCGACCGACAUGCGCUCUGCUGCUCUCUGCUUGCUCUCCACGCUCCCUCUGCCUCUUCUCAUGCAGUAUAUCUACCCCAAGAUGUAUUCUCUCCACGACAUGCCGGACACGGCCGGGUUGCCCGAUGAGCAGACCGGCGAGAUCGUCCUCCCUCCGCCGAUCAACCUGUCAUCUGAGCGUAUUGUGCCCUAUGGUCUCUACCUCAUUGACGACGGCCAGACACAGUUUCUGUGGGUUGGACGCGAUGCGGUUCCCCAGCUGAUCGAAGAUGUCUUCGGCCUGCCGGAUAAGUCGCAACUGCGGGUGGGCAAGCAGAACCUGCCGGACGUUGAAAACGAGUUCAACCAGAGAGUGCGGGCGGUGCUCGAGAAGAGCCGGGAUCACCGGUCGAAGGGGGUGGGUAGCAUUUCGGUGCCGCACCUCUAUGUGGUCAAGGAGGACGGAGAGCCUGGUCUGCGCUUAUGGGCGCAAACCAUGCUGGUUGAGGACCGUGCUGACCAGAGCGUCAGCCUGGUGCAAUGGAUGGGCUCGCUGCGGGAAAAGGUUUGAUUGCCCCGUUUUCUAAGCGCUCUACCUCUGCCGUCAUUGCCGCCUAGUUCACACUGGAGUCAAUCGGACUGACGAGCUUGAACACGCCUACAGGUUGUUCAGUAAUGAUAAGCUUCUCGAUUUUGGUAAAUUAUACGGAGAUUCAAUACAUUCCCAGUGCUUUCGUCUUGUUUGGCGGUGUCGUUGUAACUUAUCCCUGUGUUGUUGUCUGGCGUCUGCCUGAAAUGCAAUUACGGCAAAGGACUUUGCCUGUCUAUAUCCGAUGCCCUGCGCUAUCGGGGCGCCUGUUGCGAGUAGCCCCAGCU